CCCUGAUGUCGCCGGUCAUCCUCUGCCCGGACGUGCCAGCGCUGUUCCGCAUCACGCGCAACAACAUCGGGCACAGCGAGAAAGCCGCGAACCCCGUCAUCCCGACCCCGACCCAGGGGUUACGGGCCCAUCAUGGUGAUAGCGACCUACAGACAGAUCGAUCCCCGGCCUUCAUGUGCGGCGAUUUGGAGGUCUUCGGCAUCCGCUGGGCGAUCUACACCCGGGUCGACCGGAACGGCUCCGUCGUCGACCUGAAUCAGCAGACGGCCCCGGGCCCCGUGGGCUGCCGCUUCGACCUGCGCGCCGAACGUUCCAACUCCUCUCUCACUCACCAUCUGCACAUCGACCUGAGCGCCUUCCCCACGCCCGUCAGCGCAGUCAUCCACGACCAGCUCCUCGUUGUCCACCUCGGGAAGGCCCAGAUCCACCUCAACCUGGCCACCUCGUGGAUGGCCGAGAACCCCUACUUCGACGGCGAGCUGCAGGCCACCGCGCGUGUGCUGGGCGUGGAGGUGAAGCUGCACUCCUUCCGGUUCCAACGCCGCGGGCUGUCGCUCUUCCAGGAGACGCUGGGAAACAAGACGCUCGAGACAGUCAUGAAGUUCCUCCGCGAGGUAUUUGGGAAGCUCGUCGCGGACGACUCGGUGUUUAUCCGGGCGGUCACCCAGAUCGCCGGCGGCUCAAUGAAAGUCAAGGUGAUGAAGACCCUCCUGAACGUCCGCCGGGGCGCCCGCGAGGAUGCCACAUCCAUGGUCAAACAGUUGGAGUUGCCGGAGAACGAGGCGGCGCUGCUGCUGGGCCAGGUGCUGUUGACGGUGGAGAAUCUCAUGCAAAAUUUUCUCGUGGCGUCGCUCAGGGAUUAG